CGACCAACCAAACCAAGCGCAGAGGAAAGAGCCGUCGCUUUCACUCGGCGGUGGAGGGCACAUCUUCCUCACCGCUUCUCGCUUUGAUCCGGUCGCGUCCAACGCGCGACUCGGUGAGCCAGGGCAGCCUCCCCACUAUUCCUUUCUUCUUCGUCUCCGGCUCCGCGUAUCUAACAAGCUAACCAAGGAACGGGGCAAGAGACCGCAAGCAGCAGCGGAGAGAUCGAUCGAGGUGGUACCUCACUUUUGUGCCGAGAGAGUCGGAGAAAGAGAAAGGGGGAGGGGAGAGAUGGACGCGAUCAUGAACAAGGUGGGCACCUACUGGCUGGGGCAGAGGGCCAACAAGGAGAUGUCAUCGGCCGGCGACGACAUCGAAUCGCUAUCGACCAGCGUCGGGGAGGGAGCUAAGUGGCUGGUGAACAAGGUCAAAGGUAAGAUGCAGAAGCCGCUGCCGGAGCUGCUGAAGGAGCACGGCCUGCCGGUGGGUCUGUUCCCGCGCGAGGCGACCAACUACGAGUUCGAGCCGGAGACGCGGCGCCUGACGGUGCACAUCCCGUCCCCCUGCGAGGUCGGGUACCGUGACGGCUCCGAGCUGCGGUUCGACGCCACGGUGUCCGGGACGCUGGGCGAGGGCCGGCUGACGGAGGUGGAGGGGAUGAAGACCAAGGUGCUCGUCUGGGCCAGGGUCACCGCCGUCAAGGCCGACGCCGCCAAGGUCCACUUCACCGCGGGGAUCAAGAGGUCGCGAAGCCGGGAGGCCUACGAGGUCAUCAGGGGCAGCAUCACCGUCGAGGAGUUCUAGCUGUUAGCGCGACUCUUAAACGAUCUUGCUGCACAUUGAGAUGGUUACUUGCACAAAUAAUUACUACUCGUUGCUCGUUGGGAGAUUUGUGUGCAGUGUGUGUUUGUGGUUGCAGUGAGAUGUUACUACUUGCAAAAAUUCAGAACUUGUGGUUACGUAUUGUAUGAUCAUAUUUGAAGUGAACAACAUUUUAUGAUUAGAAUUGAAGCUAACAA